AUGAACUCAAGAAGCAUUGAGCUGCUACAGAACAUCGGCAUGGCUGUUUGCCACCUGGGCAUAGAGACGCCGCAGGUGGUUGCAAUAGGAGCACAGAGCAGUGGAAAGAGCAGUGUUCUUGAGCAGAUCUUGCGAAGAGAGCUUCUUCCACGCGGAGUAGGCCUUGUGACACGGUGCCCAAUCGUACUGCACAUAAGAAAAAGCAUAGAUGGUGUGGAAAGCGUGCAGUUUGAUCACAUCGAGCAUCAGGUGCUUGACUUUGCAGCUGCACAGGCUGAAAUAGCAAAAAGAAUGGCAGAGAUGUGUGGCAGCAACAAAGGAAUCAGUGAAAAGCCGAUUGUGGUGCUUGUUAGGCUAAAUGGAAUGCUUGAAAUGACGCUCAUUGAUUUGCCAGGGCUUGUCAAGGUGCCCAGCGGUGAUCAGCCCGACGACAUUGAGGCACAGGUUGAAAAAAUCGCACUGAGCUAUGCAGUCAAGGAGUCAUCGGUAAUACUCGCACUGGUCAAUGCAAAUGCAGACAUUGCAACGAACGAAGCACUAAAGAUUGCAAAGAAAGCCGAUCCGCAGCUGAAGAGAACACUAGGAGUUGUAACCAAGAUGGAUCUCAUGGACGAAGGCACAAACUGCAUGGAUAUAUUGGCCAACAAGCACCCAAAGCUAAUGCUUGGAUAUGUUGGUGUCAUUAAUAGACGCCAGCAGGACAUUGCUGAUGGCCUGAGCAUCCAAGACACGAUAUCUAGGGAAAUUGCGUAUCUCAAAAGGAAUUCUGUGUAUUGCCAGAUGUAUCCGCGCAUUGGAUCUGACUAUCUCAUCCAAAGGCUGAACGAAAUAUUCCACAAUAUGGCAAUUGAAGCAAUACCGAGAAUCAGAGCAUCAAUAAGAAACAACAUAUGCGACAAGAGCCAGAGGCUUCAGGAACUUGAAGCGGACGGUGUACCGACCGAUGCAAAGACAUUGAUUAUGCUGCAUCAUCAAGCGGUGCUUGGGAUAUUCAGGGAUGUUGAAUGCACACAGAGAGUGUUUGUGAAGCAUCAGUCUGGGUUUCUUGAGGAGCUUAAAGAUGUGUUCUACUGCAGCAGAUAUGCGGUAUGCUUUGAUAACUUGCAUGCACGGCUGAAAAGAUCGUCGUAUCUGUUUGUGCCUGAGGCUGUGUUCCAUGAUGUGGUGAAGAUAAAUAUAGCAAAGAUGUGUGAGAUGUACGUUGGAAAGAUCGAGCACAUUGUGAAGAGGAUGAUUGAUGAGGUUCAGUCAAUAUCGAGCCCGCGAUUCGAAGAGCUCACGGCCAUGCUGAACCAAAGAAUUUGCGAAUGCAUAGAAACACAGCACGCAGAGAUCAAUGCCGCCGUGCGUUUGUAUGGAUUGAUCCAAGCAUCGCAUGUAAAUGUUGACCAUCCGGAUUUCGAUAGAAAAGGAAUCAUAGAAGUGAUUUUGCGAAGGACAUCCAGGAAUGAAUUUGGUCUGCUUAGCAUGCUCAACAGUAACAAGGAUACAUAUGCAGACAACAAAGGAUUUGAAGUAAAACUGCUGAAAGAAUUGGUUACUGCAUAUCUCUUGGUUGUAGAAAAAGAACUGAGAAACUAUACAAGCAAGGCGGUUCAUUACUACUUCUGCGAUUACAUCGGCACAGAGGGAUUGGGAAUAAUGCAAGGAUUGCAAAUAGAUAGCGCUUUGCUUACAGAGCAUCCCGAAAUCGUUGAAGAAAGAAGCAGAGUCAGGGAGGAAUUGAACAUGCUGAAGCAUUCGCUCUUGGCUAUAAACGGCAUUUCAAGACACAAUCACAAAUAA